CUGUAACUUCCCAAACCAGUUGGCAACAGGUUAAACCAAGGUUGAACCGAACAGUACAAGAUGAGUGAACACACACAUUUAAAGCAGCUUAAUGGAAGUGCUGCAACACACUGCGCCAGAAAUGAGGAACAACACAACAAAUGCAGUGAUGGAAAAUGCAGUAAGAAGGUGCAGCAGGACGACACAUGGAGCACUUUCCGCAUAAUUCGAGUGUGCACCCUGAUGACACCAACACUAACACUGUUGUACGAAGGCUGUCGCCAUCCGUCUGAGCCCUGGGCCCUGUUGGGUGACACAAACAUGCCAUUGUGGGACUGGACAAUACUGUUUGUAGUUCUCAUAUAUACUGUACUGCAGGGAACUCUCUACUAUUUACCAUUUGGCCCAGUAGAACUUGGUGGAAAGGGUAGCAAUGGAAAGGUCUUGAAAUACAAUUGCAACAGUUUGCAUGCAUUUGUUGUGAGCUCAGCUGUCCUGGUGGGGAUGUGGAGUGGUUGUGUGUUCCAGGCAUGUCUGAUCACAAACAGAAUCUAUUCUCUCAUGUAUGCCUGUUACGUGGUCUCUUUACUCAUGGCUAUAGUUGUAUAUCUGCACUCAUGUAAACAGCAAACAUCAAAUGAAAUUCACACGAAAACUGGACUGCUUCGAGAAUUUUCUCUUGGUAAGGAGAUUAGCCCUCGGAUUGCUGGCAUUGACAUGAAACAGUUUUUCAUGGUCAGGAUUGGAUUUAUGGGAUGGGGAAUAGUUAUGAUAUGUUAUCUAUUGGCUGAGAUUGAAAGAGACGGACUAGUUUCUCUCCCUAUGCUUCUCGUGGUGAUCUUUCAACUUCUUUACAUAGUGGAGUUCUUUAUAGACGAGGCCUCAGUUUUGCCCACCAGGGAAUUCACAAAUGAGGGUAUUGGCUUCCUCAUGAUCCACGGAGAAUACAUUUACCUUCCCUUUUGUUCAAGCACUCCUGCAUUCUUCCUUUUCCAUAGGCCUUUACAGAUCAAUCUCCCCACUGGCAUUCUCAUUUGUCUUCUCUAUGGUGUAGGUUUGGUCAUUUAUCAUUUUUCCAAUGAACAAAAGGGUCGUUUCCGGAAAGACCCCAGUGAUCCUGCUAUUUCAAGUCUGAAAACUAUUUCAAGUCCCACUGGGCAGAAUCUGUUAGUGUCUGGCUGGUUUGGAUGGGUUCGUCACCCAAACUAUCUUGGUGAUAUUCUGAUGACUUGGGCGUGGACUCUUCCUUGUGGAUUUUCAAGUGUUUUACCUUACAUACCAGCUGUCCUCUGCACAAACAUUCUGAGAGAGAGAGCCAAUGAAAUUGAGGAGGCAUGUCAAGAAAAACAUGGUGAAGCAUGGCAGGAGUACUGUCGGUGUGUGCCAUACCAACUGCUUCCUUACAUAUACUGAAGAUAUUUUAUUGUUAAAAAUAGUCAUGCCUGAAUAUUUGAUGGGCCCCUUGCCAACGUCAGGUGUGUUCAAAUUUGCAGCACUUUUAGUUUGGUAGUGGUCAAGCUUUCUGUAAACUUUAAAGCUUUCUGCCCUUUGCUCUCCAUUUCUUCCAUGUGUUGCUAUUGGCAAACUCAACUAAAAUGUCAAGGUCCAAAUUCCUGACAA